CCUACCUCCCUACUUCGUACCUACCCCGGCUCUGAGGUGAGGCAAUGCGACGGUUCGUCUAAGUUACCACAUUGCGCGUGUCUUCACCUUGCAUCUAUCAACGAACUCCCAUCACCAAGAUUCAACCACCGGUGCCGCCCGCAUUUAUCUUCAUUACCACGUGUAUCGCAGCUUCUAUUUGAACGUGUCUAAUACUAGGGCAAUCCCUGGCUCCUUUGCUCCUUUGUUCCGUUGCUUCCCCCUCCUUGUGCUGUUCCAACCACCUGUUCCAACCACCAAGCGAUGCCCUCUUGAAACAGCCAUCACCAAACGUCAGCAUCGCUACCAUCAACACCAACCUCAAGCAGGUUCCAGCACAAUAGCUCAUAUAUACAUACGCGACUCAUACGAAGAAUAUAAACAUACGAACACACGAGUCCACACAUCCUGACCAUGGCGACACCCGCUCCCAGAUUUAACACCAAGUCUCCUACCAUCCGGCGCAUUCUCCGCGAAGCCGCCGAGAUAUCCAGCUCCCCCUCCGCCGACUACUCCGCCGAACCCCUCGAGUCCGACUUCUUCGAGUGGCACUUCACCCUACGAGGCCCCCCCAACUCCGUCUAUAGCGAUGGCAUCUACCAUGGCCGAAUCGUCUUGCCGCCGACAUACCCCCUGCGUCCUCCAAGCUUUCGCUUCAUGACCCCCAAUGGCCGCUUUGAGGCCAACCGCGAGAUCUGCCUUAGCAUCAGUGGGCACCACGAGGAGACCUGGCAGCCCGCCUGGGGCGUUCGGACAGCUCUGGUAGCGCUCCGAAGCUUCAUGGAAACUGAUGCCCGCGGCCAAUUGGGCGGCCUCGAGACCACGGAUACUGUACGCCAGCGGUUAGCAUCUGAGUCAUCUGCCUUCAAAUGCGCAGCAUGCGGAAAGACAAAUGGGGAGAUCAUAAAGGAGUGCGAGGAGAGAGCCAAGGAGGUCUCUUCGACCGCCCAGGAAGUCGAGGUCCCCAAGGAGCUGAACAUGGGCUGGCGAGACGAGAUGGAGGCCAAGAAGAAGGCCCAGGCGAAACCCGAGCCUACCGCCGAUGAGGCUGAGACUGCUGAGCUUGCCGAGGGCUUCGUCCAGACUGCUCCGAACCCUACCACAGUCGAUCCUUAUCCGGCGAUCCCCGUACCUCCGGCUGAUCAGGCCGUUCCCCAUCUGCCUUCGGGGAUCCGGAACCCCACUCCCACCCGUACCACACCACUCCCCGCGGCCGCCGUAGCACCGCCUCGGCCAGCACGACUAGCUUCCGAUGACGGGGUACCGCUCUGGUUGGAUCGACUCAUUGUGGUGAUGGUUGUGCUUUUGGUCGCACUUGUACUAAAAAUCCUCUUCGCUCUUUGAGGGGAUACCGUGUUUGGGAACUGUGUUUGGGAACUACUUAUGUUACGGGCGCCGGGCGUCUGCUUUAUUAUAUUCAUCAUGGUUGGGCAAGCGAAAUAGAUAUCCAAUGCAGU